AUGAUGCUCUCCAGAGCCAUUCUGCUAUGCCUUACCGCGCUCACCAGCAUGGCCGUCGGUACAGCCCCCGCAAGAGAGUCCAACGACCCGAUGCCAGACUUUCUCAGCCACAAGGACAAGCCCAAACCCGUCGACAAGCCCACUCUCAAUCCUCCAGUCUUGGAUGUGAGCGAGUACCUGGUCAAACAGCUGGCGCACCCGACAGUAAACGAGGUCAAAAUGUGGAACGACAGCAAGAUUAACUACGCGUGCAAGAAGAUAUUUACUAAAGAAGGCUACGAAGUCGAGGCUAUUGAGAUGUUCGAGGUUACGUAUGAAGAUUGCGACGAGACACCAUGGGUCAUGUGCCGCCACAAAGACGCCUGGUAUCAACCUGACCUCAUGGAAUUCUACAUCGGCCUGAUUCCCGUCAACAUGCGUCGAUUCAACCGCCACUUCAUCGCGCUGCCGGCCGACGACAAAGGUGGCCGGGAUGCUUACAAUGACUACGACACCAUAGUCUGGAAAGGGCAAGCCAGUCUGCACAGUAUCAUCGCCGAAUCCGCAAAGUCAUUGGGCCAGUAUGUAGGCGGAGGCUUUCCAAUAUGGAGUUCUGGUACUCUCGCUUGGUCCGAUCAGACGUGGGCUGACCUCGUUGAGCACAACGCCACAGCAGUGAUGAACCCUACGUCUCAGAUUUCUCUCGAAGAGGCAUUCGCUCAGACUAUGGUGCUUGCCAUUGCGGAGAUGCAGGACGUACCUUUGGGUGCUUUCAUCCCCGAGUAUAAGAAGAUUUCGGUGUUGGUCACCAGCUUGUGGGAGAGCUUCAUGUGGGUCUUACUUGUUAGUAACCUGUUAUUUUGCCAUGAGAGGAUUUUGGAGGAUAGCCCUGUGGGUUUGCCGGGACAGCUGCCGGAUAUUGAGGUCUAA